CAUCUUCCCUGAUCAGGCGUGCGUAUCUAGAUAUUGGCAGGGUAUUCCUGCCCUUCAUUGGGUACAUUGUUAGCCUUCAUCAAUGUUGCGCAGCUCCCAUCUCCACUCAAGACAAAAUACUACGCGCAUAUGCGAAGGUGUAUGUAACAGCGAUGAUGGUCUCCAGAUAAUCACACGUGGAAUUUACCGCUUCGACUGAGCAACAACUGGCUGGAAAGGCGCUCCGUUAUCAUAACACUCGCUCUUCGAUCGACAGAUUACGCCCGGUGCCUAGACAGGGGUUAUUCUCGUCUUUUAUUGGUGACGAGACUUCAGGUCGACCACGAUUAACGGCACUUAUUCCAAAUGCGUGAGCGUCUGCUGUUGAACGUGCAGAUUGUGACGGACGAUGCGUAUGUGACGCCACCGAACAUCUCUCUCUUAUCAAGACUCAAUAUGUUCCACGUCCACAAUUUCUCAUCUCGAUAGCUAGUUCGAACAAUGUCUGCAACAAUCACAACCACAACAGAACCAGAACAGUACGUUCACUACCAUGAUGGAGGUGUUCCUGGUAAACGAAGGAUCCUUACCGGGAAGGCUGCGAAGGACACUUUCAAUGAGCUGCCGAAGAUAGACUUCAGGCGCAUCUACUCGCACGAUAUCAAUGAUCGGAAAGAGUUAGCGAGAGAAGUAGGGGCAGCGUGUCGAGACAUAGGCUUCUUCUACGCCGUCAACCAUGGAGUCGACGAGGACCUACUAAACGAUACUUUCGAGGCAGUCAGGAAGUACUUUGAUCUACCUACCGACAUCAAGAUGGAAUGCCACAACCAAAAGACGGAGAAGUUCCGUGGCUACGAAGCCUUCCUCGAAGGCAAACUGGAUCCAAACACCAGAGGCGACCUCAAAGAAGGCUUUCUGAUGGGUGAAGACGCGACCGAUCCUGAGCAAAACCGACCCAUAACCCCGGCGACCGCAGAACCUCGAAACCAAUGGCCAUCUCACCCCUCGGCAGCCUUCUUCCGCCCAGCCAUAUACCGCUACUACAACGCAAUGUACGACUUCUCGAAACGAAUGCUCCACAUCUUCGCGCUAGCUCUCGAUCUACCAGAAGACUAUUUCGACGUAAUUACGACGCAUCCCAUGACGAAUAUCCGCGCCGUCCACUACCCGCCUCAAGAGAUCGAAUCCGACGUCGGUAUCGGUGCGCAUACAGACUUCUGCUGGUUCACGCUGGUCUGUCAAUCACAGACGAAGCUCCCUGCUCUAGAGGUCCUGAACGGCAAUGGUAUAUGGGUUCCCGUGGAGCCUGCGCGAAACACAUUCGUAGUCAACGUCGCGGAUUUCUUGAAGAUGGUCACGGGAGGGACGUGGCAGAGCACGGUGCACAGAGUGAGGAAUAUGGGCGGCGAGGAGAGGUAUUCGAUGCCGUUCUUCUUUAGUCCGAAUGAGGAUGGGAAGGUGGGUGUUUUGGAGCAGUUUAGAGAGCCUGGGAAGACGUAUGAAGAGGUUGUGGUGGGGGAGUAUUUUCAGAGGAGGUUGGAUGUUGAUCGGACUACGCAUCUUGAGGAGGGUGAAGGGAGAAGGCCGUAUAUUUGAGAAGGCUAACAGACGCUUGGGACUUCUAUCAUUGAAAUAGGUGGUUGGUAGCGCAAUUGCUUCUGAAAGACACUUUGAAUCAUCCUGAAAGAAUUUGAUGAGGUGAUUCCUCAAGCUCAUGAAGUAGAUUGGUAGCAAGGCGGCUUGAAGUUACACAAGGUAGAG